CUGAGGUUCCUCCCACCCAGAAGGGAGCCGGGACUUUGUUCCUCCGGUUGGUCUGGAUCUGAGCCUAAGGUCUGAGCUGCGCUUAGCUUCUGCCCGGGAGACCUCCACCUCCGAUCCCAGCCUCCGCCUCCAGGGCACCUGGCCCGUGGGUCCUCAGAGGAGCCAUGGACCCCAGAGGCUCCUGGGGUAAGAGCGCCAACCUCUGGCUGUGCGGGCUCCUGCUCUUCGCCGCUCUCCUGGGCUUCUACAGCAAUGUUUUCAGCCUGAUUCCCGGAUGGGGGCAGAGAAGAGCGUCUCAAAGCCAGGAUGACUACCCUGCGGUCCCACAGCCGAAGUCUGAGGCAAAGCCGUCCAGCGAAAGCGACUGCCACCGGGACACCUGCAGAGUCCCUGAGGUACCCAGGCUGUCUUACCCCAAUGCCCAGGUCCUCAAUCCCACGAGGGGGGACGUGCUGGUCAUGACCCCCUGGUUUGCUCCCAUCGUCUGGGAUGGGGUCUUCGACUCUACCGUGCUGGACGCGCAGUUCAGAAACACCACCAUCGGGCUGACCGUGUUUGCCAUCAAAAAGUCUGGAAUUGGCCCUACUCGGCAGCGGUGCAUCACUCUGUCGUAUGGUUUCUUCUUCCCUCUACCCGUAGUCACUGGCGGACCCAUCUAUGCUGGUCGUUUGGGGUCUUCUCAGCAGACUUUGCUAUUGUGGUCCACAUGGUCUGGGAGACUGAGUUCAGAACGUUAUUUUCUAUGCUCUGGGUUAUCUGAGUCAUCUCAAGGUUUGUUCUUGCUCAGAAAGCCCGUGGAGCCUACUGUCAUCGACGGCGCUAACACCUGGAGGGUUCUUCUUGUUCCUUCUAUGGAACAUGAGUUCCUUCUAGAGCCACAUUCAGGUUUUCUACUUCCUGGGUCAACUGUGACCAUUUAUAUUCUCUUGGAGAAUUGUCUACCUCACGCUGACUUUCAAAUUUGUGGGCAAAAAGAACAGGAUUUAAGCUUUACAGUAACGUUCAAUCUCUCUAAUCUAAAAUCAGACUGUCUUAAAUCUAAAAUCAGACUGUCUUAUCUCUAAUGUUGUUUCUUUGUGCUUUCUUUCUCCACCUUUCUGAUCUUUUUAUGUGAGUUUCAAGGAUUAUCUGCUUUAUUUUAUUUGUUGAAAGAAGCCUCUACCCUGUUGUUGGUUUGUUUAUCCACAUUGUCAUUCCUUUCUAAACAGUCUGCUUUAUUUCCUCUUUAACUCAGAAUUAUUUAAAAGAAAUCUUAAAACUUCCAAGAGUCGGUUGUGAUUCCUGUUGCAAUCUUUUAGUUGUGUGUUUCUGGAUGUAUAGUUUCACAGCAAGAAUACAGCAAGUGCAUAAUUUUGACUCUGGGGAGUGUGUUGAGCUUCUCUUAUGGCUUACUGAUGGGUCAUUCAAAACAUUGUUAUGGGCAGUUGCAAAGAAUGUAGGCAAAAUGGUACGAGCACUCCGGAGAAUGUCUGGCAAUUUCUGGGAAAGUCCACAUACACUGAUCCUGGAAACCCUCCACUCCCCGGUAUUUGCCCAAGAGACCUGAAAACACAUGUCCGCACGAAGACUUGUACAGGAAUGUUUCUAUCAGCCUUCUUGAUAAAGCCCCAGACCGGAGACAGUUCGGAUGUCCCCCAAGAGAAGGGCAGGCAAGCGAAGUGGAACGUUCCCUGAGUGGAGAACUCCUCAGCUCAGAGAAGCAAUGGGCCGUAGGUGCAUGAGGAAUGCAGAUGAGUCUCCAGGACGCCAUGCUGAGCCGGAGACCAGACCCGGGAUUGCACAGGCGGUCGGAUUCCGUGGGCCCUAGCCAAGCGGGGGCGAUACCCCUCUGUGGUGACUGAUCCCAGACAGGGGCUGCCACGGAGGGAAGUGGCGGUACUCAUCUGGACAUGGGGCAGCAAGGGACUUUCUGGAGGGGACGGACGUUUUUCGUGCAGUGAUAGGUAGUGGAGGGUAUACGCAAUUGCUGGGCGUAUUUUGUGUGUCACUGAUGUGGAUGAGAUGACGGUUAAGAGGACCAGGACUCUCCACGUGUGUCAGUAGCAGCAUCCUCGGUGGUGGGACUGCAUUAGUGUCUGAGGACUGUCGUGACCAAGCACCAGAGAUGGGUGGCUGAAAACAACGGAAAUUUGCUCUCUCCAGUCCUGGAGGCUGGAAGUCUGGGAUGCCGGUGUCGGCAGAGCCUCGGUCCUUCUGAGAUUCGGGGUAGAAGAAGCCUCCCUGCGUCUCCCAGCAUCCGGCGGUGGCCGCCCGCCCUCAGCCUUCCUGGGCUCGCAGCUUUCCUGCUCCGUCUCUCUGCAGCUGCCAUCCCCUGCGCUCUGUCCCCUGCUGGUGAGCCCAUCAGUCAUCCUGGGUUAUGAGUGACUCUACUCCGCUAUAUCCUCACGUUAAUUUGUGUCUUGACUGUACCCACAAAGCCCCUAGUCCACAUCGAGUCGUGUUCAUGGGUGCCAGGGGUUAGGACAUCAACCUAUAUUUUGUGGGGGCCAUUAUUCGACCCGUAACAUGGGUUCAAUCAGCCUUUCUGUUCCAAUGCUCUGUGUCCACUGCCUCUUCGCUUUAAUGGGUUUUAUGUCUUCAGAGCAGUUUGAGACGCACAGCAGGACUGAGCACACCGGACAUUUAGCCGGCUGUGCCCCUCCCUCCAGCACAACUUUCCCUAGUGCUGUCCUCCUGUCUUCAUGUGGGGCACUUGUCACAUUCGACAUGUGAGACACUCUUGGUGCGCUCACGUUAAAUGAAGUCUGUGGUUUCCA